GUACAAGGCUUCUAAGUGAACAAGGACAAAUGACAGCUGUACGUGAAUUAGUUACUAGCUUUGUCAAACAAUGGCCUGCACUAAUGCCAAAUCAAGUUGAACCUUCAAAAUUGUCGCUUGUAUGUGCUGUUAACGAGAUUUCCGGAUUAUUGUUGGAUCUAGGAGGAGCUGCAAGUACUGUUUUGGAUGUGCUCGUGGAUCCAUUAAUUACACUCUUGAGUCAUUCGAGUUAUACAGUGCAGAUCGCUACUGCAUGGUGCUUAAGGUGUUUAUGCUUUUCUUUACCUGUAAAGCUAACCGAACUUAUCACAAGAGUUCUUGGACUA